UGCGGCUAAAGUUUCGUCGGUGCGAAGCUGCUGCAGGCGGUUUGAACGGAGAGUUGAGGUGUUUGGUUCUGCAUGACUGAAGGAUUAUUUUAUUGUUCUGCUCCUCCGUCUCCUCUCGUUGAGCGCUUUUCACACGGACUGUCAUUCAGAAACUCUGCAGAGACUCACAUGUUGGCUGGUUGACACUUUUUCUGCUCUUGGCUUUAUUUGCUUUCUGCUCUUUUGAGGCGGGCGCGCAUCUCUUCCCAUCUGGAAAUCACUCUGGACCGACUUUCAGGAUAAAAUCCUGGCAGUGAUAAAGAGAAGAGAACUGGUUCGUGGUCUGAUAACCAGUCUGAGGAUCUUUCUACACUCCUGGGAAGUUUACAGUUAUCACACUGCUGUGUUUCUCUUUCACCAUUAAAACAAAAAUGGAGCUUCUUUGGAUUUGUCUGCUGCUGGAGGUGAUCAUGAUGUCCACGGCUGCCAGAGGUCCUCCCAAGGUGUCGGGGAAGGUGACCCAUCGUCAGAGUGUCCGACUGGGUCGCACAGCCAAGCUGCCCUGCCCCGUAGAAGGAGACCCUCCUCCCCUCAAGAUGUGGGCCAAAGAUGGCAGGAACAUCCACAGUGGCUGGACCCGGUUCAGGGUGUUGCAGCAUGGCCUGCGCAUUAAGGAAGUGGAGACAGAUGAUGCAGGCACCUACAUCUGCAAGGCUACAAACGGCUUUGGCAGCGUCAACAUCAACUAUACGCUGAUUGUCAUAGAUGACUCCAGUUUAAGGAAUGGAGCAGGAGAACCCACUGGUGACUCUGUGCAUCCCCCAGACCUGGCUGGAAAACUGGUUCGUCCACGUUUCACUGAGCCGGCGAAGAUGAGGAGACGGGUCAUCGAGCGUCCGGUGGGCAGCUCUGUGCGCCUCAAGUGCACAGCGAGCGGUAACCCUCACCCAGAUAUCAUCUGGCUGAAGGACAGCAAGCCGCUGGCGGAUGAGGAAGGUGGAGCAGGUGGGGAGAGGAAGAAAAAGAGGUGGACCCUAAGUUUGAGGAACCUGACGCCAGAGCACAGCGGGAAGUACACCUGCCACGUUUCCAACAAAGCUGGGGAGAUCAACGCCACCUACAAAGUGGAAGUCAUACAACGAACCAUCUCCAAACCAAUCCUAACUGGCACUCACCCCGUCAACACCACCGUGGACUACGGUGGAACCACAUCUUUCCAGUGUAAAGUCCGCAGCGACGUCAAGCCUGUCAUCCAGUGGCUGAAAAGAGUUGAACCUGGCGAUGAGAACAAGUUCAACUCCACUAUCGAGGUCGGAGACCACCGCUUUGUGGUGCUGCCCACAGGAGAAGUUUGGUCCAGACCUGAUGGUUCAUACCUCAACAAGCUGCUGAUCAGCAGAGCCAAGGAGGAGGAUGGUGGCAUGUAUAUCUGCCUGGGAGCAAACACUAAGGGCUACAGCUUCAGGAGUGCCUACCUCACUGUGCUACCAGACCGGAAAUCUCAGCCCAGCUCCAUCCCGACAGUAUCAUCCCCGGGUCUCCCCUGGCCCGUCAUCAUUGGCAUCCCGGCAGGCGUGGCCUUCAUCCUAGGCACUGCCCUCCUCUGGUUCUACCAAUCAAAACGUACCUGCACCUCUUCCUCCUCUGCUCUCCCUGCUGCUCAGCGUUUACCUGCAGCCAGCCGCGAUCGAGCCUGCCCAGCGCUCUCUGUGCAGACGGCUAAUGCAGACAAAGAUUCCCUCUCAUACGAAGAAUACCUCACCCAACAGCAGCUGCUCCUGGCACAGGGAGGAGCUGGACUGGCUCCCAAGGUCUACCCCAAGAUCUACACGGACAUCCACACGCACACGCACUCACAUGUGAAUGGGAAGGUUCACCAGCAUCAGCACAUUCACUACCAGUGUUAGCAUCGAGCAAGCAGGCUUCCGUGUCACAUUCAAACUCUUUGUGGACAUGUCCAUAUGCGUGCAGAUGCCAUCAUAACAUGUUAGGACUGAAAAUCAGAGCAAAGAACAUGCAAGAGACCAUGCAACUCUGCUGCACACAUGUUUGGAAAUGGACUUACUCAAGGUAGAUGAGCUGAAGAAUGUAAAGAAAGAAGAUCCUUAGUUUCAACCAAACCACUGGAAUCUACCAAAGCAAAACCAGAUUAGUCUGUACUCUCGUCAUCUAAGCACAUCUUCCUCUGGGAACUUACAACAUAUCCACCAUGCUUACACAACCCGGCCUCAGCAGCUUACAGCACAGCGUUUAGCAUCCUUCAUCAUCAAAAUCAACCCAGCAGCAGGACUUUAUCUGUGGAGCGUGAAACUGCACACAAACAUCUCAUGAACAUGUUCAACUCACACAAAUAUCAUAAUUUUAAAACACACAUGCAGAGCCUUGUAAAAGUUUUCACACCUUCUGAAUUUUUCCACAUUUUGUCACAUUUCUAAAUUAAUUUGUUUUAUUGGGAUUUUAUGAUACAGACCAACACAAAGUAGUGAAUAACUGUGAAGUUGAAGUAAAAUUAUAAAAAUUAAGGUUUCAAAACGUUUACAACUGAAAAAUCUGAAGAGUGUGGCAUGCAUUUGUGUUCAGUCACUCUUUACUCUGGUCAUGCUAAAUUAAAGAAGCAUGUAAAACAAUAUCCAAGCUUUAAACAUCUCCCAGAGCUCUGUUCACUCCAUCAUCAGAACAUGAAAAGAGGAUGGACCAGCUGAAGACCUACAAAGACAUGGAUGUGCACCUAAACUCACAGACUGGGCAAGGGCCACAGCUCAGGUGAGAGAAUUUGUCCACAAGAUAACUAUUAGUCUUGCAAUCUUCUAUUCUGGCCUCUAUUCUGGAAGAGUGACAAGAAGAAAAACAUAAAAGGUCCUGUUUGUAGAGGACCCAACAAGCAUGGAAGAGGAUGCUCUAAUAUAGCUCAUCACUCUAAACACACCAUCUACACAGUGAAACCUGGUGGUGGUGGCAGCAUCAUGCUCUGGGGACAUUUGUCUUCAGCUGGAUCAGGGAAGCUGGUCAGUUGAUGGAAGAUGGAUGGAACUAAAUCCAGGACAAUCCUGGAAGAACACCUGUUAGGUGCUGCAGAAGACCUGAGACUGAGGCAGAGGUUCAGCUUCCAGCAGGACCAUUACCCUCAACAUGCACCCAGAGAUACAAUGGAAUAGUUUAAGUCAAGGCAUAUUCAUGUUUUAGAAUGGCCUAGUCAAAGUCCAGACCGAAAGCCAACUUAGAAUAUGGAAAAGACUUGAAAAUCUGAGACAUCCCCAAAAGACCUGCAGCUGUUGCUGACUUAGAGGAGAUAAAUACAAAAGCAGGCCACACGUUUCAGAUCUUAAUGUAUAAAACAUGUUAAAAACAUGAAUUAUUUUCCUUUAAUUUCACAGUCAUUCUCCUAUCUGUACAUAAAAGCUGGUUGUAAUGCCACCACAUGUGCAAAGGUUGAGGGGUGUGAAUACUUUUGCAGGGCUCUAAAAUAUGAGGCCAAAGCUGAUCAUUUAUUUAAAAAGCUGAAGGUUUUACUGAACAUCUUUCAUGUUUUUUCAGAAGCCUGUUUGAAGUAGGUUUUUGAUCAUAAUGGGUCCAUUUUGGUCUGGAUCUUAGGCUGAACAUAACUGAGCCAAAACCAACUCUGUUUCUCCAACCACUGCUUAGCCGAGCCCAACUUUUCAAUCUCCUGGUGCUGCUUGGAACAAAUGAACAAAUGCUGCAGGGUGCUCCUUCUUGACCAGGUUUAUUUUCAUCAAACAGCUGAGUGACAUUUCUUAAAUCUGGUCGCAGUAAUAAUCUGAACCAGCUGAUGGGUCCUGUUAACAGGUGGUGUGAUUUCCUGCUUUCUGCUGCAACAUCUCGUGUUCUGCUCGGUUUGAUCCUCAAAGAUCUCUGAAGUGAUCAGCUGAUGGAUGUCAGAGAGUCUUCUAGUAAUUACUUCAAGAUUUCACAGAUCCUUGGAGGAUCCUAAGAAUGUCCCUGAUUUAAACAGCUUAAACCUUUUUAGCUUCAGCUUCUCUGUGGCAUCUGAUGUUAUAAUGAUGUAUGUAAUAUUUACCCCACCUUAAGCUCCAGAGUUAUGAAAUUCAUUUUUUAAACUGCAGACCUACUAAUUACUACACCAGGUACAUUAACCACUAUAGGUGCUGUUUUAUUCUUCUAAUCCAGUUAUAUCCAAUAUUUCAGAUUUAUGUGUUUGGUCCGCUGCACAUUUUCCCGAUGUUACAGACCCAGUUUAUAGAAAUUCUGAUUUGUAGCUGCUACUUUUUUUUUUUUUUUUUUUCAGAACCACUUUUAUCUCAGGUUUAAAACUUUUUAUUUUAUUAUUCAUAUAGUUUGGUCUAGUUAUACUUCAGAGCCAAAAGCACCACAAUCAUAUAAAUAAAUAAUUUGUUACAGAGGAAUCUAUACAUGCGACAAUUUACAUUUUAAUAAAUGAAUUAAACAAAUAAAAACUAAUUACAAACAUAUUGAUAUGUGAAGUUUAAAGACUUCAGUCAUUUUAAAAUUUGAAUUCAUCAUGUGUUAAAAUCAUAUAAAAUGUAUUUAUAUUUACUUACAGAAAUGUUCCUGUGCUGCAGUACGUCGUGUAUUAAAUUAAAGGUCUCAUAAUCAAAAAAACUUUGUAAAUAUACAUUCAAAUAAUAUUUAUUUAAUGAUUAAUAUUAAUAAUUGAAAUAAAUUGUAGCAAAUACAAAAAAAAACAAUUGUCACUAAAUUAAUUCCCAAAUAAUUAAAGGUUUAAAUUUAGUCAGUCAGUCAAGUCAUUUUCUACCGCUUCUUCCAUAGUGGGUCACGGGGAGCUGGUUCCUAUCUCCAGCAGUCUAUGGGCGGGAGGCGGGGUACACCCUGGACAGGUCACCAGUCCAUUGCAGGGCAACACAAACACACAGAGGAGAGUCAUGAUUUUGGACUGUGGGAGGAAGUCAGAGUACCCGGAAAGAACCCGGGCAUACACAGGGAGAACAUGCAAACUCCAUGCAGAAAGACCCCCGGCCGGGAGUCAAACCCAGGACCUUCUUGCUGCAAGGCAACCGUGCUACAGUGCUUUGUAAUGAAUUGAAAUCAAUAAUCUUCAUAAAUGAAGACAACCAGUCACCAUGGCUCCUCAAUGAAAAACCUAUCAUUUGAUUGGUUAAACUGCAGACCAAUAACCUUCUCUACAGCAGUAGUAGCCCCACCCACUAAUUAACAGGUAAGGCUGACUCAUAACAGAAAUUUAUGGUGUGCUGCAACACAGGACUAUAGGAAAUAAAAUAAACACUAAAAUAAUUAGAUGUUUUUACGUAAAUUGCUUUUUGAAAGCAGAUAUGUAGUUCUAUUUUUCAUUAUGUCACUUAUAUUAACAUUAAUUUAUGUAUUAAGCUGUAGCGUUUUGGCCCUUGAUAAUCCAACAACCGUACGUUUUGCAGCUGAUUUUCCACACAGACAAAUUGAAGGGUUUUAAUUCUCACCAAUUGUUUGAGUUUCAGACCUUUCAUUGGUUCUUUUACAUUGAGUCUAAUCAGUUUAAUGAAGUGUGAGCUCCUGUGAGUGGGAUCAUCAGAUGCUAAUCUGACCCAUCAGAACAAAAUGACCUGAAAGUCUGAAGCUAACUUUGGUACAAUCGAAACCCUGCAGACAGAAACUGUUCAUCUCUUACCUCCUGCUGAGAAUCUUCAUGUAUCAGCAGACCACAAACCAGCUGUAACAAAACUGCAUCACAGAGCUCGUUUCAACUGCUCUCUGUUGUUUCCUUCUGCAUUAAACAUGAAAACCUUUAAAGCGAUCUGGCCAUAGAAGAUUUGGGUUUCAGCUGUUUUCUGGUUCAGUUCUCACCGACGGACGUGUUUGGCCUUCACUGUGAAUCAGACAGUUGAGUGAAUUUCUCCAGAGACGUUUAAAAGUGGAAACAAAAACAAAAAAAUUAUUAUUCCUCUCAAACCUUUCUGGGGUCAAAAGAACCAUGUCAGCGUGACCCUUAGAGGAGUGAUUCUGUCCUCAUGCUGCAGGAGAUGAUGGAUUGAAAUCAUCUGGUAUCUUUGCACAGAUCUUCAAACUAAAGAAGGAUCAUGUAAAACUAUAUUUUUAUAGAUAAUGCAUAUAAUACUGUUUAUUUCUAUGUUACUCCCUAAUAUGCUAUCUGCGUCAGCGCACUACAGUAGCUGUGAAUCUAUUUAUCUGGUCCAUAUAGACAAAAUGCACCCAACCAGUGCUCUGUACCAUCAAUCUCUGCUCCGACUCUGCUGCCUUAAUCUCCAUUUAAACCAAUAUACUAUAUUAACAAUGUGCAUUGGAUACAUUUCAGUGGCAGAUUGUGAUCUUAUCAGGCGUACUCUUCUUACAUCUCAGCAAAGAAAAAUAUGUUUACUUUGUACAUGCUCGUGGUGCAUCUCUAAAGGGACUUAAACAGCCUUCUAUUAGGACCUUUGACUGCAAACGACAUCUAAAAUGUUAUAUUUCUUUUUCCUUUUUGUGUUUUUAUUUAAAGAAAAAUAGAUAAUCAGGACAUUUUUUAUUGAAAGUGUUUCUAUUUCUGAUUGAAGCAAUGGAUAAUUGUCCAAAAGCAAUUAUUUGUCCAGCUGUAGUUUUUUUAAGGGGAAUAACCUUCUCAUCAUGUUAGUGAUUAGAGCUAAUGGACUGCUGCACAGCAAACUGUGUAUAUGUGAACUUACCACUGAUAUGUACCUGGAAUAACCUUAGUGUUAUAGAUGACUUUAGAUUUCUUUAAACCAUACAGACAUUUUAGCAUCACCUGCAAACAGAACAAAAUAUGAUCAAGAUUAAAGAAAGGAAGGUGUGUUUCUAAUUUAUUUAUGUUUAUUUUCCAUAUAACUGGGCAUUAUACUGCAUGAAUGGAUUUUGAAUUAUAGUCAUAAUGGAAGCUAUGUAGCAAAUACUAUGUUUAUGUUAUUGUAAGAUAAUGUAUAUGUGUUGACAAAUUAUACAAGUUUUAUUGAUUAUCUUCAUAGCGACAAUCUUGUACAGAUCUUGGAUAGUUCAUAGGUUAAAAACUGUUUCCUGUAACAUAAUAAUUAUGUUUUUGGUGCCAUUAAAACAUGAAAUCAUCUUGGUGGUUAUUCA